CACAGGAAGCAGGGGGAGGGGGCCUGGGAAGGAGAAGGAACUUUCAGCGGAGAAACAAAAGGCAAAGGCAUCAGCAGGUCAAGGCUUUAGUAGGUGAUCAACUCCUCGGCAACAACUCCAGCUUCCGCUUGCCGUGGACGAUUCACCACCUGUGAGGCAGAUUCCAGCGGCUUGCUUGAGCAUGUCACAAUGGGGGAGGCCUUCUUCAGCUCUGUGGCAGCGGCCGGCGGAGGAGCUGUAGCCUCGUAGCCCUCUUCCUGACCAGCAAUGUCAAACGGCCGCUCCAAGAGUGAUUCUAUCAGAGUGCUCAGAAUGGAUAGCGUGGAUUCUUCUUCCCCGAGGUGCCUUGCUCAGGAACAGCAGGAUGCCGGGGAACUGAAGGAUCAGAACAGCACCAGUAAGAUGCCGUCCUGUCCUACUGAGCUUCCAUGCUCAUUGAAACGAGAGGUUCAAGUCCUUGAGGAGCGACUAAAUGAUCAAUUUGUCAUGCGCCGGGCUCUUGAGAAAGCACUGGGUUACAAACCUUGUUCUAUUCUUUCAUCAAAUGAGAGCUGCAUUCCAAAGCCUACGGAGGAGCUAAUAAAGGAGAUAGCAGUACUAGAGCUAGAAGUCAUAUGCUUGGAGCAACAUCUCCUGACCCUCUACCGAAAGGCCUUUGAACAACAACUUUGCCCUGCGAAUUCUUCUUGUGACAUGGAAAAUGACAGGCAACCAGUAAGGUCUUUAUCAGGUAUACUAUCAGAAGCUUCAGAGCUAGACUUCUCAACCCCAAGGAAGCACCCACUAGUGCAGUCCAGUCGAAUGGUCCUGGCACGCAAGUCAACACCUACAACUUCUACGAGUGAAACUAGCCAUGAAAAGACCAAUAUUGGACGCAGCCAUUCCUCGCUUCUGCACCGUUCCGUUAGGGUAUCUCCUUCAGCGAACAAUCUUGCUAGAGCUCUGAAACCAUGCCAUACCUUACCUCUAUCUUUUGUUGAGGAAGGGAAGUGCAUGGAUUCUGGUAUAGUGAGUUUGGCAGAUAUAUUGGGGACCAGGGUUGCAGAUCAUGUUCCUCAGACGCCUAACAAGAUAUCCGAGGACAUGAUCAAAUGCAUUGCUGCCAUAUACAUACGGCUGAGAGACGUACCCACAGUGCAACAUGCCUUCUUCCCCUCACCGUGCUCAUCCUUUUCAUCAGCAAGCGGAUUAUCUUCGAAAUAUACUGCAGAUAUAUGGAGCCCCAGGUGCAGAAAAGAGAGCUUCAUUGAGGCAUGGCAGGAGAACGCAUUAGGCAAUGGUGAAUCAAGGGAGUUGGGUCUACAAUAUGAUUCUGUGGUUGAGGUUUCUGCUCUUUGCAAGGGUGAUCAGAGGUCUGCUGAUGUUAAAGAUAUGAUACGCAAAUAUAUGUCACUUGUACAGCUUCUAGAAACUGCUGAUCUCAGUGGGAUGAAAAAUGAAGAGAAGCUUGCUUUCUGGAUCAAUGUGCAUAAUGCUAUGAUGAUGCAUGCCCAUAUCGAAUACGGGAUUCCACAGAGUAACAGCAAGAGAAUGCUGCUUACCAAGGUAUCUUACAACAUUAGUGGCCAAAGAGUGAACGCGGAGCUGAUAGAGUACCAGAUCUUGUGUUGCCGAUCACACUCCUCUGGACAGUGGCUUAGGCUGCUGCUCUACCCGAAAUGGAAGUCCAGGGACAAGGACGAGCUGCAAGGCUUCGCCGUGGACCGGCCGGAGCCGCUGGUGCACUUCACCCUGUCCUCCGGCAGCUACUCGGACCCAGUGGUGCGGUUGUACAGCCCCAAGAGCUUGUUCCAGCAGCUGGAGGCGGCGAAGGAGGAGUACAUCCGCGCCAACGUGGGCGUCCGCGGGCGCGGGCAGCACAAGAUCAUCCUCCCCAAAGCCCUGGAGCUGUACGCGCGGGACGCCGGGCUGGGCCCGCAGGAGGUGGUGGCCGCGGUCGAGUGCCACCUGCCCGAGGGCCUCCGGGACGCCGCGCGCCGGAGCCAGCACGCCGGGCGGGCGCGCGGGCGGGGAGGCGGAGGAGGCGGCGGCUUCCCCGGCGUGGAGUGGAAGCCCCACAACCUGGCGUUCAGGUACCUGCUGGCCAAGGAGCUGGUCGGCGGCGGGUCCCCCGCGUGCGGGCGGCAGCUCGAGAAAGGCGGCCCGGUCGGCGCGCAGCGUGCGGAUCCGUGAUCUUGGCCCGUCAGAUCACCGUGGGCCCCGUGGCCGGGCCGGGCCCAAGGUGUAACGAGAUGUGAGAGAGUUCCGUGCGGGACCGGGGCGCGGGGUGUGGAUGGAUGGAUGUACAGAGAGAUGGACAGAAAACGCAUCUGAUUUGGUACGUGCUCGAUCUGCUGUCAAUAGUGAAUAGUGGCAACUGAAUUCCCCACCUCACGCAGGAAUUUUCCGGAGAGAUUUUACAGAGGGUUUCACAGAAAUCAAUCCGAUCAUGUAGCAACAGUAGACAGCUCCACGUUCCAACCAAGAACAGGACCAGUUCACAUCUGGCCCGCCCUGGCCUGACCGACCGGAAAGCGGCCCAACAAAGGCCGGACACUUUGUUGGCCCGGCGUUUGCGGGACGUCCCGUCGUUGGCCUGGCCGGCCGGGCCCUUUUGGCGAGCACGAAACGAACGCCGCCGCUCCUUGCUUCUUGGUGGACAAGAAAGGAGGGAGGGAA